AUGGCAACUCAGGAAGCCACUCUAGGAAGCCAGUCAGAGGAGAGCAAUGCUUUGGACUGGCCAUCAGUUUAUGAUGUAAGGAAUUACAUGUUGCAGAGACCCAGCCAGGAGACCAACAGUGAGGCUUUUAGUUCUGAGGAACACCUUCCUAUUCCUUGCUCUUCUGAUGUGGAUCCAGCUGUGUGGCUGACAGGAUUGUGA